AUGGCUCCUCGUUUUUGGACUGCAAUUUGGGCGUUUGCUCUUGGCCAUGCUGCCAUCGCCGCCCCACAGAUAUCGUUAGCCUCUCGUGCAAGUGGCUUGGAUACCUGGUUAGCAUCUGAGAUUACCGUGGCAAGACAGGGUAUCUUGGACAACAUCGGAUCGGCUGGUGCUCAUGCUGCGAAUGCAAAGCCUGGCGUUGUAAUAGCCAGCCCGAGUACCUCUGACCCGGACUACUUCUUUACGUGGACUCGCGACUCGGCUCUGGUGUUCAAAACUUUGGUCGAUAUGUUCAAACAUGGUGACAGCACAUUGUUGAACCUUAUUGAAGAAUAUAUCAAUGCCCAGGCCUAUAUCCAGACAGUAUCGAAUCCAUCUGGAAAUCUGUUCAGCGGUGGGUUGGCAGAGCCCAAGUUUAACGCUGAUGAGACAGCUUUCACUGGCUCUUGGGGUCGUCCUCAGCGUGAUGGACCAGCUUUGCGAGCCACUGCGUUGAUUUCGUUUGGCCAAUGGCUUAUUAGCAAUGGAUACACUACCCUUGCGACUAACAACGUCUGGCCCGUUGUGCGCAAUGAUCUUUCCUACGUUGCCCAGUACUGGAAUCAGACCGGAUUUGAUCUCUGGGAGGAAGUCUCUGGCUCCUCUUUCUUUACCAUCGCGGCUCAGCACCGUGCCUUGGUGGAGGGAAGCACAUUCGCAAGCCAAGUUGGUUCCUCAUGUUCGUACUGUGACUCUCAGGCUCCGCAGGUCUUAUGUUUCCUGCAGUCUUUCUGGACAGGAUCUUACAUCAUGGCCAACUUUGGUGGUGGUCGCUCUGGCAAAGAUGCCAACACCUUACUCGGUAGCAUUCAAACUUUCGACCCGGAGGCAGGAUGUGAUGACACCACAUUCCAGCCUUGCUCGGCUCGAGCACUCGCAAAUCACAAAGUUGUGACUGAUUCUUUCCGAUCAAUCUACACUGUCAACUCUGGUAUUGCUGCAGGCAAGGCUGUUGCGGUCGGUCGAUACCCAGAGGACUCAUACUACAAUGGUAACCCUUGGUACCUUUGCACUUUAGCUGCAGCUGAGCAGCUGUAUGAUGCUAUAUAUACAUGGAACCGUAUCGGCUCUCUGACAAUUACCCCCGUAUCCUUGAACUUCUUCAAGGAUCUGUACGGCUCUGCUGCGAUUGGUACCUACUCCUCAUCCAGCGAUACGUACUCCGCAAUCGUGAGCGCUGUCAAGGAAUAUGCGGAUGGAUAUGUUGGCAUUGUGGAAAAAUAUACUCCGUCCAGUGGCGCCUUGUCUGAGCAAUUCUCCAGGUCAAAUGGCUCGCCACUUUCCGCUCGUGACCUCACAUGGUCUUACGCAGCCCUACUUACUGCCAAUGAGCGUCGAAAUGCUAUAGUUCCUGCACCAUGGGGCGAAACCUCUGCCAGUAGUGUCCCUAGCCAAUGUCAACAUACUUCGGCUAUUGGUACUUUCAGCAGUGCUACAAACACCGCCUGGCCUCCCGCUUUGACCAGCGGAUCAGGCGGCGUAACUACUACUGGAUCCGGUGGAACUGCGACCACGACGGCGACUACGACAACAUCAUGCACCACUCCGACCGCCGUUGCAGUGACUUUCAAUGUGAUCGCCACUACCACAUUUGGCCAGAAUGUCAAGCUGGCUGGUUCUAUCCCUCAACUUGGGUCUUGGUCUCCGAGCAGUGCUAUUGCGUUGAGCGCUUCCUCAUACACUUCGAGCAACCACCUGUGGUUUGUGACUGUAUCACUUACACCGGGUACUAGUUUCACCUACAAGUAUAUCCAGGUGGCGAGUGAUGGCACUAUUAAGUGGGAGAGUGACCCGAACCUGUCGUACACUGUUCCCGCCAAGUGUGGCACCACGGCUGUCACGAUUAGUGAUACUUGGAGGUGA